AUGAGGCCUGGCAGCUGCUUAUCCAAGAUGGCCGCGAGCCAUAAAGUGGUAUUGAGAAUAUGUGGAAGCUCUGGCCUUGAGAAUUUAAUGUUAACGAAAGACUCAGAAAGUGUGGGUGAAAGUAAGGAGAAGAAAGGAUGCUACAAUGGAGUUAACCAAUGUUCAGCUACUACCCAUAGCAAAGUCUUCCAAUCUAAAGAAUGUGGCAAAAUCUUUAAUUGGUGCUCAGACCUUACUACACGUAAGAGAUUUCAUGCUGGAGAGAAAUCCUACAGAUGUGAAGAAUGUGGCAAAGUAUUUAACCUGUACUCACGCCUUACUAAACAUAAGAGAAUUCACCUUGGAGAGAAACCCUACAAAUGUAAAGAAUGUGGCAAAGCUUUUAAGUUAUGCUCAUACCUCACUAAACAUAAGAGAAUUCAUACUAGAGAGAAAUCCUACAAAUGUGAAGAAUGUGGCAAAGCUUUUAAGUUGUGCUCAGCCCUUACUGUACAUAAGAGAAUUCAUACUGGAGAGAAACCCUACAGAUGUGGAGAAUGUGGAAAAGCUUUUAAGUUGUCCUCAGCCCUUACUGUACAUAAGAGAAUUCAUACUGGAGAGAAACCCUACAGAUGUGAAGAAUGUGGCAAAGCUUUUAAGUCGUUCUCAGCCUUUACCGUACAUAAGAGAAUUCAUACUAGAGAAAAACCACACAAAUGUGAAGAAUGUGGCAAAGGCUUUAACAGUUGUCCACAGCUUUCUGAACAUAAAAGAACUCAUACUACUGAGAAACCCUACAAAUGUAAAGAAUGUGGCAAAGCUUUUAAGUUAUGCUCAUACCUCACUAGGCAUAGGAGAAUUCAUGCUGGAGAGAAACCCUACAAAUGUGAAGAAUGUGGCAACAUCUUUAAAACAAGUGCAUACCUUUCUGAACACAAAAGAAUUCAUACAGGAGAGAGACCCUACAAAUGUAUAGAGUGUGGCAGAGCUUUCAACUCAAACUCAGACCUUACUCGGCAUAAGAGAAUGCAUACUGGAGAGAAACCCUAUAAAUGUGGAGAAUGUGGCAAAACUUUUAAAUAUUGGUCUUCCCUUAAUACACAUAAGAGAAUUCAUACUGGAGAAAAACCACACAAAUGUGAAGAAUGUGGCAAAGGCUUUAACAGUUGUCCACAGCUUUCUGAACAUAAAAGAACUCAUACUGGCGAGAAACCCUACAAAUGUGAAGAAUGUGGGAAAACGUUUAACUAUAGCUCUAGCCUUCGUACACAUGAGAAAGUUCAUACUACUGAGAAACCCUACAAAUGUGAAGAAUGUGGCAAAGCUUUUAAGUUAUGCUCAUCCCUCACUAGGCAUAGGAGAAUUCAUGCUAGAGAGAAACCCUACAAAUGUGAAGAAUGUGGCAAAACUUUGAAAUAUUGCUCUCCUCUUAAUAUACAUAAGAGACUUCAUAUUGUAGAUAAACCCUAA